AUGCUGCAGGAAGAGAACUCAGCUUUUUCGGAGGAGGAGGAGGUCGGUGGCGCCCGCGCACAGCCGCUGCCCCCCAUCAUCACAACCCCAGCAGCAGCAGCAGCAGCAGCAGCAGGAGUUGUCACCAACGUCACCGCAGCCGUCGUAAUGCCCGCUGUCUCGUCUUCCUCCGCAUCACCGUCGUCAUCGUCGCAGCAGCAGCAGCAGCAGCAGCAGAACAGCAAGACGGACAUCGAAAAAGAGGAGGCAGCCGUCUCUGAUAACCAGCCGAUUCGUCGCGCGCGAAGUGGCACGGGAAGCGCGGACGAUACCCGCGAGAGCGCCUUCGCAGUGGCAGCGGCGGUAAUGCAACAGGAAGAAAACGAUUAUGGCGACGGCGGCGCGACCUCCUUCUUCAUCCGUGCCGCCGACCCGGCAGAUGCCCCAGCAGGGACGGAUGCAUUUGCGGAUCCAGAACACCGCAGCGCGUGUGUAAGAGGUCACAAUGAUGAUAGUAACUGUAAGCAGCAGCAAGCGGAAGGUUUCCGUCCACUUGGCUCGAUCGGUGCGUCCUCUGCUGCCAUGCGGGAAGCAGCGUUGGAUGAGGAGCUGCUGGACAACGACGACGGGGUGGUGCGCAUGGUCCGUUCGAUCUCCUCGCACUCGCGCAGCGGCCUGCACUCUCGCGGUCCGCCUCUCGCCUCGGUGAUGGAGAUACCGCCGUCCGCAACAACACCAGCAGCAACGGCGUUGGCUCCUGCUGCCGCGCUCACUACCUCCUCUUUUGACGCGCAAGAGGAGGCGUUGUGGUCGCGUGGACUGGCGCGGCCGGCUUCACAGGAAAGCAUCUCCUUCACGAUUCGCUCCUCCUCUUCCACCUCUUCCGUAUCGUCUCGCUCGAGCAAGGCGAGAGGAGAGAUUGUCGUGGAAGGUCAUCGAGCAUCACCGGUCACCGCCGUGGAUGCUGCUUCGGCGGCGGCGGCGGCACGGCAUGCGAACGUAAUCGCCAAUGAGCAGCAGCAACAGUCACAGGCAUCUCUGUCUCGUGCGGACGACGGCGACAACAACAGUACCGGUCCGCUGCCGUCCGCCAACGACGAUCGCGCCAAUCGGCGGCUGAGUGCGUCGGGGUCGCUGCACUCCUCGCCGGCUGCUGUAACGCUCUGGGGCGUGCACCGCGACCUGCGCCGCAAGCGCAUAAAGAAGGUGAGCCAUUACAUCCUCGGCUCGCUGCUCGGGGAGGGCGCCUACGGCGUUGUGCGGGACUGCAUCGACAUCAACACCGACAACGUCAAUCGUCGCUUUCAGCGAUGUGCGAUUAAGAUUGUGAAUGGGCGGUACGCGAAGGCGGAUAUGCCGGCGAUCUUCGGUCAUCGUCACAAUAGUAGUAAUAAUUAUAAUAAAGACAAUAACAAUAGCAGCCAAGACGGCGAUGACCCCUUCUCGCUCAACGCCGAUGUGAUGUCCCCGCUGUCCACGCCGCUGCGUGGCGGGCUGAAGCGGACCUCCGGCAACGGCGUCGGCACUGAUGGGAGCAGCGGUGGCAUGCGGUAUCAUCGCGAGGAGGAGCAAAAGCAUCAGGACAUGUUCCAGCGCGAGAUGCGGAAUCUGCAGCGCUUCCACUGCAAGAACAUCAUGCGCGCCCUCGACAGCUUUACGCGCUACAGCAAGGAGUACGUUGUGCUGCCCAUUGCGAUCUGCAGCGUGCAGCAGCUCGUGCGGCAGCUCAUGCGCACUCGCUGGCGGGAGGCGGUGCGGGAGUGGCGACGGCGGCAGCGGAGGGCACAGCGAAAGCAUGAGCAAAUGGCUUCGGUGGCGGGCGCUGGCGUGAGUGGUGCGGCGGAGAACGGCACACAGGACGUGCUUUCGUCGUCUUCUUCGCAGCAGCAGCAGCGUGGGCUGCCGAUGGUGCUCUCCACGGUAGACACGCUCGACUUCGAUGAUUUAACAUUCAUGAUGGCCGACGCGAGCGACUUCGAUGACGAAAGCGCAACGAGCAGCGACGACGACGACGGCGAAGACGUCACCACCGCCGCCAGCGCCAAUCCGAAUUCCGCAACGGCGGUCCACACGAACGCACGGGGCCACGCGAUCAGCAUCCGCAGCAACGGCAACAACAACGACGAUGGUGAUGACCGGCACAACAGCGGCAGCUUCAGCGAUCGCGACGAGGACCGCCACCACCACCACCGCAGCGAGUCUAACAGAGGUCUCGCCGGUCGCAGAGGGACGCAGACAAACUCCACCGCAAACGCCGGCGGCGACAGCGGCACUCAUCGCCGCGGACUGCCGCGGGUGUCCUCGACGGCGUCGAACAGCACUACGACCACCACAACUCGCACGAUUGACAGCUAUGAAAACGAAAAUGGGGACGGCAGUGAGGUGCGUGGCGUGCCGAGGCCACAGCAGCGCGGUGGUGGUGGUGGUGGUGUUGGCGGCGAGGAGGAGUCGAGCGACCUCAGCUCCCGCGGUGCCCGUUACAAGAACAAUAGCAAUGCCAGUGUGGGCGGCAACAACGUCCACGUGAUGAGCGCGACGCCGACCGGGCACGACUGCGGACUUUUCCCUUCUCCGCUCCGUGAAAGCGGCGUGUGUCCUCCGUCUGGAGACGGCGGUGGUGGUGGCCACCGAGCUGAGAAGUCAAGCAGCAACGUUGCCGCGGCGUCGUCCACCACCGUUGUGGUGCCGACGAUUACCGUGGCGAAGAACGGCACGGCCGUCUCACAGAAUGCACCACGAGUCGUGGACGACAGCCGUCCGCACCUCGCGUACCCGAUGUGCUCCACGACCCUCCUUAAGGGCAUCUUUUAUCAGGUCAUCUGCGGGGUGAACUACCUGCACCAGCAAGGCCUGGCGCACAACGACAUCAAGCCGUCUAACAUCCUGCUCUUCGAGGACGGCUCCGUGAAGCUGGGCGACCUCGGCAGCGUGAGUGAGGCCUACAACGACCAAGGCACCCCCCUCUACGCGUCGCCGGAGCUGUGCAAGUACUUCUACGGCGCCGUCACGCCGCCGACGUCCUUCUCGCAGUCGACGGAGGCCGUCGGGCGAGACGCGGCGCAGCCCAGUGACAUGUGGUGUUGCGGUCUCCUGCUCUACUACCUCAUCACCGGUAAGCCCGGGCCACUACCCGUGCAGAUUCGGUACUUCCAGUCGCUGCACAGCGUUCAGUGCCACACGCGCAGUGACGACGUCCAUCACGCGGCGGAGGAGGAGCCGAGCCGGGGAUCGGCGGCAGGGGCUGCGGGGACGGAGCCGGCCUCGGUGUACGCACACGCGUCACCACCACCACCAACACCGCCCGUCGUCACAACGCGCUACCAGCUCUAUCGAGAGAUCGCCUCGCGAACGGCGCCGGUGGAGUUGCGCGGGCUUCCGGACAUGAUCCCCCCGGACGUGGGCGGCGGUGAUGACGCGGACGGAGGCGCAGGAACGGCAGCCGCGGAUGACGGCAACAACGACAGCGAAAGCAAUAAGCCCUCGUCCGCUGCGCUUUACCCUUCGAACAGUGUCCGACACUUACUGGCCGGUCUGCUCGAGCUCGACCCGCGACGUCGACUCACCGCGGAGCAGGCGCUGCGCCACCCGUGGCUACGCAUGGCCUUUUGCGUGAAGUCGAGCGACAAGGGCGGUGAUGAGUGCAGCGGGAAUGGAAGCCACAAUCCAAAAAUGACGAGCGGUAGUAGCAAGCGAAGCCACAAGAGCAGUUCACCGGACCUGCACGGUGCUGAGGACAGCAACGGCCUUCUCCAGUGUAAGAAGGAUAGUAAUACCAGCGGCGCCGCGCACACCACCGCGCGCAAGACACCGUCGAAGCAGGCGAUGGAGGACGCGAUUCAGCGCGACGUCGCCCGCCGCGUCACCGAGUCGCGCCACGUUCAGCGGAUGUUGAUGCUGGACCGGCAGCGGCACUUACAGUUCGUCGCGGACUGCUGCAACACGUUGAACCUCAAUAUCCCACCGGAGAUCAUCCGGGUGCAGCCGGCGGAGCCGUACCGGGAAGAUUUCGGCGUGCCAGCAGCGCACCUGGCGCACGCGCGGGUCGGGGCGUCGUUGAGCUCUCACCCCUCUGCGCAGCAGCAGCAGCAGCAGCAGCAGCGGGGAGGUGUAACGGCAGCAGCCGCGGCAGUGGCGGCCGCGAUCGCCGGAGGUGGUGGUGGUCGUCAGAGCGCACGUGGGAACGGUACAGGGCGGAGCAGCACAAACAGCAGCGUCAACCACAGCACUAGUGGGACUGCAGAUGCGGUCACUGGCACGGUCGUGCAGGGCGCAAUGAUGCCGGCGGUCAUGCCACCGGGCUGCGUCGACACGGAAUUGUUUCUCCCGCACACCGAGGAGGACUACUACGAGCAGAAGAGCGGCAAGUCGGAGUUCGACGUGCGGGUGCUGCGGCGCAGGCCGCUGCUGAUGGCGCAGCUGGAUGAGUACUUCCACAACGUCGUGUUGGUGCAGUGUGGGUAUCGGACCGGUCCGGACCCGUACUACCAAGCGAUGCGGGUGCGUGCGGUGCCGCUGGAGGAUGAAGCAGGAAGUAGCGUCGGUGGUCGGCGUCGCCGCAAUCGAGUCAACACACAGCAGCCCUCCGUCGUGAUCUUACCGGGUGCAAGCAGCAACGCCUAUCGUCGUAGCCCGUCCGCCAGCGUGGCACAGAUCACCAGUGACGUCCUCAGCGUUGAUGGUGGCCUGGCGGGAGACACGGCGGAUGUGUUGGUGGAGGAUGUGUGGGGCGCAGGGCCGCGACAUCAACCGCGUGUGUACGUGGACGAGAACGGCAACGUGGUCAGCGCUGCGACCCACUACGCAGCUCCGACGGUCACCGCUGACGUUGCGACGGCUGCUGGUCGUGUCGGCGGCGACGAGAAUCGGCGCAGUGCCACCGCCGGGAAUGGUCGUGACAGCAGUCGUGCUGCAGCCGCUGCCGCCUCUUCUUCGUCCGCGUUGCCCAGCUCCAGCAAUCCGUCCCUUCGGCGCAGCGUAACGCCGCUCUCGGCGCAAGCUGCCGCCGCCGCCACCUCCGGUCCCUCUUCCGCGAACAAUAAUAAUAACAGCAUUACCCGCUCCUCCGGUGCAGGCCGCCCUGUCGUUGCCGCUUCUGCAAACAGCAACAAUCGGCGUGGCAGCCAUGAGAGAGUGGACGCGCAAGAGGUGAUGGGUACCGCCGUCGUGAACACAGCCCGUGCGAGUGUGAUGCACAGUGGUGGCAACCGCAGUGCUGGGCGUCACGGCAGCGGUAGCGGCAACAACCGCAAUCGAAGUUCGCGGGAUGCGAGUGACUCCGCCUCGGAGGCGGAGCAGAACGUGGCCGUGCGGGAAAGCUCGAAGUGUCUGUGUGGGUUGAUGUAA